UGUAUGCUUUCUUCUCCCUGCAACAUUGUUUUUAAGUAUUGCGAAUUUUAUUGGAAUGGAUUUUAAAUUAUAUGACGAAGCCGGUUGGCAAAAAUUAACCACCGAAAAAUUAUCCAAGAUUAGAGAAAGAGGUAUAGCAGCAUUGGGUAAACCACAAACUUUCCAACAACCACACUUUAAUCUCGAUUUGGCGGAAACACUCUUGUUCUUAUCCUCUGUUGUCUAUCUUCGGGAAGAAACAGAAGUUCGUAAAGCUGUAACUUAUCUAUCGCAAAUUCGAAAUAAUAUAAAUAAACAAGAACAAGUUGAAGUAUGUGAUCUUGAAAAUGUUUUUCAAGCACUCGAAAAUGCUGAUGAAGGAGUUCGUAAAGUUGUAAAUGAUUGGAUGUGUAAGUGGCAUAGUCCAAUUAGUUACAAACAUUAG